AUGAAAGUAAAUUCCACAGUUAAAAAAAGUGUAGAUUCUCUUAAUAUUACAAUACCAUUUCCGCCUGAUGUCACUUCAUAUAAUCUAAUUGAAAAAGCUAUUUUAAAAUUAAAAGUUUCAGGCAAAACCUCCCGAAUCCCCAACGCUUUUAUAGCUUAUAGAAUGUGCUUUUGCAAAGCAUUGCAGGCUUUAAAUCAUCCGGUAGUCACUCAACCUCAACUUUCAGCGAUUUCAAAGGAGUUUUGGUUAAAAGAACCGGACUAUGUUCGUGAGGAAUACCAGAAAAUAGCACUAGAGGCGAGAAAUUUCUAUAAACAAUUGUGUAUUGACCAGAAAUUGCAAGCUCACGAACAAAAAACUAAGUUGAAAAGUGUUCAAGAAAGUUCUCUUUCUAUACCUUAUAAUAGUCCUGCCCUUAGUUCAAAAUCGUCGAAUUCGCCCAAAAUUGACAGCUUAUCUUCAUCUAUUUCAACUCCAAAAGAUGGAAACGAAUUGACGAUCAACGAAAUUUUUGAUCAUUCCAGAAUAUUACCAUCACAAGUUGAGUCUCAUAAUACGCCAUACUACGUAUCGGGUGAGGGUUCGAUUAAUUUAACUAGUCCUUCGUUUUUAUCAAACCCAUGUGAUGAGUGUAUGGGUAGAAUUGAAGCUUUAACUCAACGUGUUGUGGAUUUAGAAAACAAAUUAACCAAACUUACAAGAUCAGUUCAAUCAAAAUCAGUAGAAAAUUAA